AUGUGUGGUGUCGGGUUUAUCUGUCAUAUUAAAGGACAUGCAGCACAUAAAAUUGUAAGCGAUGCGAGGAGUAUCCUCUGCAACAUGACCCAUCGGGGUGCCACCGGUGCUGAUGCCCGUGAUGGUGAUGGUGCAGGUGUGAUGACCGGUAUUCCCCACGACUUCUUCGUUCGAGAAUCUGCCCAUUCUUUCUCUGCUAAACUUCCUGCUGAGGGUACAUACGCCGUCGGUAACGUCUUCUUUUCCAAAGAAGAGUUCACCACUCAACAAGCUGCAUUCGAAGACAUCGCCAGACCCCUUGGGUUGAGAGUUCUUGGUUGGAGAGAAGUUCCCACCGAUAACACUAUUCUCGGUCCCGCCUCUAAGAGUAAAGAACCCAAGAUCCUCCAGCCUUUCGUAGUACUUGAGGAGCAUUACGGUGCUGGACAGGACAGUCAGGAGGGUACAUUCGAUGAGAGACGAUUUGAGAGACAGCUUUAUGUUUUGAGAAAGCAAGCUACGCACAGAAUUGGUCUCAAACAAGGGUUCUACAUCUGUUCCCUCACUCCUUCCAACAUCAUCUACAAAGGUCAAUUGUCCCCUGUCCAAGUCUACAACUACUAUCACGAUCUCAACCACGCUCUUUACGCUUCUCACUUUGCUCUUGUUCACUCUCGAUUCUCUACCAAUACUUUCCCUUCCUGGGAUCGAGCUCAACCUAUGAGAUGGGCCGCUCAUAAUGGUGAGAUCAACACUGUUAGAGGUAACAAGAACUGGAUGAGAGCUAGAGAGGGAAACCUCAAGUCUGAGAAAUUCGGUGAUGAGCUCGAUCUUCUUUACCCCAUCGUCGAAGCCGGUGGUUCCGAUUCUGCUGCCUUCGACAACGUCCUCGAGUUACUCGUUGUUAACGGUGUCCUCACUCUUCCUGAAGCUAUCAUGAUGCUUGUUCCUGAAGCAUGGCAAAAUAACGAUUUGAUGGAACCUGAGAAGAAAGCUUUCUACGCUUGGGCAGGAUCUUUGAUGGAGCCAUGGGACGGUCCAGCGCUUUUCACCUUUUCUGAUGGUCGAUUCUGUGGUGCAAACCUUGAUCGAAAUGGUCUUCGACCUUGUCGAUUCGUUGUCACUUCAGAUGACAUAAUGGUCUGUGCUUCCGAAGUCGGUACUAUCACCAUUGAACCUGAGAAGAUCAUCCAAAAAGGUCGAUUGAAGCCCGGAAGAAUGCUUCUUGUAGACACCAAAGAAGGUCGAAUCGUUGAUGAUCGAGAACUGAAACUCAAUACUGCUAAGCGACAGCCUUUCGGUGCUUGGGUCGAAUCUCAAGUCAUGCGACUUCCUGAAGUUGUCCGACGAGUACAAAGAUCUGAAGACAUCUCGGUGCAGAUCGACGAAACUCCUCUUAGCACAGACCCCAAACUCCUUGCCUUCGGUUAUACCAUUGAACAACUCAGUAUGCUCAUGCUUCCUAUGGUACAAGAUGGUCACGAAGCUCUUGGUUCUAUGGGUAAUGACGCUGCUCUCGCUUGUAUGUCCAACACCCCUCGAACUGUCUUCGAUUAUUUCAGACAACUCUUCGCUCAAGUCACCAACCCUCCUAUCGAUCCCAUCAGAGAAUCCAUUGUCAUGUCUCUUGAGACUAUGGUCGGUAUCGAAGGUAACAUGCUUGAGAUCAAACCUAAUCAACUUCACCGACUUCACCUCAAAACUCCUGUCCUCACCAUCCAAGAGAUGAACGCUCUCAAGCACAUGAAGCUUUCUAACUCCGAUUGGCCUUCCAUCACCAUCGAUAUCACUUUCGAUAAAGGUGAAGGUCUUCCCGGUUACCGAAAUGCUCUUAACCGAGUAAGACAAGAAUCCUUGAACGCUGUCGACGCAGGAUUCCGAUCAAUCAUCCUUUCCGAUAGAUCCGUUUCUCCAGACCGUGUGGCUCUUUCUAGUAUUCUCGCAGUGGGCGGUGUACACCACUAUCUUGUACAACAAAAGAAGAGAUCUCAAGUUGGUAUCUUGAUCGAGACCGGAGAAGCCAGAGAAGUACACCACAUGUGUGUUUUGGUUGGAUACGGUGCAGAUGCAGUAUGUCCCUGGUUGAUCAUGGAGAUGAUUUACAAGGUCGAAAAGGAGGGAUUAGCCAAGGAUGGACAAACCGCCGAAAAGCUCGUUGACAACUACAUGACCGCCAUGGCCGAAGGUAUGCUCAAGGUUCUUUCCAAGAUGGGUGUGUCCACCCUCGCCUCCUACAAAGGUGCGCAACUCUUCGAAAUCCUCGGUCUCCACGAGGAGGUAGUCACCGAGUGCUUUAUCGGUACUGCAUCUCGAGUACAAGGUGCUACCUUUGAGCUUCUUGCCAUGGAUGCUUUCGAGUUCCACGAAGUAGCUUGGCCUUCAAGAGAUACCAUCACCGUUCCAGGAAUGCCUGAAAGUGGUGAAUACCAUUACCGACAAGGAUCUGAGAUGAGAAUCAAUGACCCCGUUUCCAUCGCUCAACUCCAAGAUGCUGUCAGACAAAAGAACCAAAAUGCUUAUGACAGCUAUUCUAAAAACUCUCGAGAAUCGAUCAAACGAGGCACCCUUCGAGGUCUUCUCGAAUUCAACUUUGAGAGCGGUACUUCUGUUCCCAUCGAGCAGGUCGAACCUUGGAACGAGAUUGUUCGUCGAUGUGUUACCGGUGCCAUGUCAUAUGGUUCCAUUUCCAUGGAAGCACACACUACUCUCGCUGUCGCAAUGAACCGACUCGGUGGUAAAUCCAACACUGGAGAAGGUGGUGAAGAUGCCGAACGGUCACUCCCUAUCCCUGGACCUGGUGCAGAAUCUGAUGGUCAACCAUACUCACACGCUAUGGAGCUCAAACCUGUCUGGGACUCUCGACGAUCUGCCAUCAAGCAAGUUGCCUCUGGUCGAUUCGGUGUGACUUCCAACUAUCUCGCCGAUUCAGAUGAACUUCAAAUCAAGAUGGCUCAAGGUGCCAAACCUGGAGAAGGUGGUGAACUUCCUGGUCACAAAGUCUCUGCUUCUAUCGGUAGAACUCGACACUCUACUGCUGGUGUCACCUUAGUUUCUCCUCCUCCUCACCACGAUAUCUACUCCAUCGAAGAUCUUAAACAACUUAUCUACGAUCUUAAAGCUUCCAAUCCUCGAGCUCGAAUCUCCGUCAAACUCGUAUCUGAAGUUGGUGUUGGUAUCGUUGCGAGUGGUGUCGCCAAGGCCAAAGCCGAUCACAUCACUAUCUCCGGUCACGACGGUGGUACCGGUGCUGCUAAAUGGACUUCCAUCAAAUAUGCUGGUCUUCCAUGGGAACUUGGUCUUGCCGAGACACAUCAAACGUUAGUUCUCAACAACUUGAGAGGUCGAGUAACUGUUCAAACCGACGGUCAAAUCAGAACCGGUCGAGAUAUCGCCAUUGCUACUUUGCUCGGAGCUGAAGAAUGGGGUUUCGCUACCACCCCUCUUAUCGCUAUGGGUUGUAUCAUGAUGAAGGCUUGUCACAAGAACACUUGUCCCGUUGGUAUCGCCACUCAAGACCCUGCUCUCCGAGCUAAAUUCGCUGGUCAACCUGAACAAGUUAUCAACUUCUUCUACUACGUCAUCGAAGAAUUGCGAACAAUCAUGGCUAAGCUUGGUUUCCGAACUAUCAACGAAAUGGUUGGUAGAUCUGAUUUCCUUAUGGUCGACGAGUCAUUGCGAACUCCUAAGACUGCUCUUCUCGAUUUAUCUCCCAUCCUCAAACCCGCUCACUUGCUCCGACCCGAUGUUGCUACCUACAAAGUCCGAGCUCAAGACCACAAGCUAUACGUUCGACUUGAUAACAAAUUCAUUGACGAAGCUGAGCCUGCUCUUCAAAAGGGGCUCCCCGUUGAAAUCGAUUGCGAUGUUGUCAACACCGACCGAGCUUUAGGUACAACUCUUUCUUACCACGUUUCUAAGCGAUACGGAGAGGCUGGUCUGCCCCGAGACACCAUACACAUCAACAUGAAGGGUUCUGCCGGUCAAUCUCUCGGUGCUUUCCUUGCUCCUGGUAUUACCAUUGAAAUUGAAGGUGAUGCCAACGAUUACGUUGGUAAAGGUUUAUCAGGUGGUCGAUUGAUCGUUUACCCACCCAAGUCAUCUCCAUUCAAAGCUGAAGAGAACAUUAUCAUUGGUAACGUCUGUUUCUUCGGUGCCACCUCCGGUCAAGCGUUUGUUCGAGGUAUCGCUGCUGAACGAUUCGCUGUUCGAAACUCCGGAGCCACUCUUGUCGUCGAAGGUACAGGUGAUCACGGAUGUGAAUACAUGACUGGUGGUCGAGUUGUUGUUCUUGGUCUUACCGGACGAAACUUCGCUGCUGGUAUGUCUGGUGGUAUCGCUUAUGUCCUUGACAUGGCCCACUCCUUCGCUCCAAAGGUCAACAAGGGUACUGUUGAACUCGGUCGAGUUUCUGAUCCUCAAGAAGUUGCCGAACUCCGAAGCUUGAUCGAGGAUCACCGACACUACACUGGUUCAGAAAUCGCCGAUCGAGUCUUACGAAACUUCCACCACUUCCUUCCCAUGUUCGUCCGAGUCAUGCCUCUUGACUACAAGCGGGUCCUCGAAGAGGAAGCCGCUCGAGUUGCCGAAGAGAAGAAGAGACAAUCUGUCAUUGAUCUCAUCCCCUCUCAGACUGCUUCUCAAGUCGAUCUCGUCGCUACGGGAUACGAUCCUAUCCUUCCCCGAGAUGCCAACGCUUUAACCGUUUCUACUUCUCAACUCAAUACUCCAAGCAACUCUCCACCCAAAACCAAACCUUCUGAACCCUCGAUUGUCGAUGUCGAAGAUGCUAUGGUCGACGACUCUGAGGACAAAGAGCGACUUGCUAAAGUUGAUAAGAAUCGAGGUUUCAUGAAGUACAAGCGACUCAACGAAGCUUAUCGACCACCAAGAAAGAGAGUAAAGGACUGGAAAGAAAUUUCCACCCGACUCAACAAAGGUGAACUCAAAUACCAAACUGCUCGAUGUAUGGAUUGUGGUAUCCCAUUCUGUCAGUCCGAUACCGGUUGUCCCAUCGCCAAUGUUAUUCCUAAAUGGAAUAGCAUGGUUUUCGAAGGUAGAUGGCAAGAUGCUUUGAAUAGAUUACUCAAGACCAACAAUUUCCCAGAAUUCACCGGUCGAGUAUGCCCCGCUCCUUGUGAAUCAGCUUGUGUAUUGGGUAUCAACGAACAACCCGUCGGUAUCAAAUCUAUCGAAUGUGCCAUUAUCGACAAAGGUUUCGAGAUGGGCUGGAUGGUUCCUAAUCCCCCUCCUCAUCGAACUGGAAAGAAAGUAGCCAUUAUCGGUUCAGGUCCAGCAGGUCUCGCAGCUGCAGAUCAACUGAACAGAGCUGGUCACACUGUUACUGUCUACGAGCGAGAAAACAGAAUUGGUGGUUUGUUGAUGUACGGUAUUCCCAACAUGAAACUUGACAAGGCUAUCGUUCAACGACGAGUAGAUCUCAUGGCGGCCGAAGGUGUCAAUUUCGUCACAGAUGCCAAUAUCGGUGUCGAUUCUGCCUAUGACCCUCUCGAAAUCAAGUCACAAAACGACGCUGUCAUCGUCGCCACUGGCGCCGUUACGCCUCGAGAUCUUCGAAUUCCCGGUAGAGAAGCCGAUGGCGUCCACUUCGCCAUGACUUACCUUGGAAACAACACCAAGCAGAAGAUAUACGGAGAAGGUGUACCUGAUUACGUUGAUGCCAAAAAUAAGGAUGUUAUCGUCAUCGGCGGAGGUGAUACUGGUAACGAUUGUAUUGGUACUGCUAUGCGACAUGGAGCCAAGAGUAUCGUGAAUUUCGAGCUCUUACCUGCGCCACCUAAGACCCGUUCGAGUUCGAACCCCUGGCCUACUUUCGCUCGUAUUGCACGAUCUGAUUAUGGACACUCAGAAGUUCAGGCUCACUUCGGCGCCGAUCCCCGAGUUUACGAAAUCUCAUCAAAACGAUUCUGCGUCGGCGAAGACGGCAAAUUAACCGGAGUUGACACUGUCAGAGUAGAGUGGACUCAACAAAACGGACAAUGGAAGAUGGAAGAGGUUGCAGGCAGUGAGAAGCAUUACCCUGCUCAACUCAUCUUCCUUGCCCUUGGUUUCCUUGGUCCUCAGAAAGAUGCUCUAGCAGCCUUUGGUGUCGAACAAGAUGGUCGAUCCAACGUCAAAACUCCCGUCAACGGUUACUCGACUAACGUUCCGGGUGUGUUCGGUGCUGGAGAUUGUAGACGGGGUCAAUCUCUUAUCGUAUGGGGUAUUCGAGAAGGUAGACAAGCUGCCGAGGAAGUUGACAGAUAUUUGAUGACUGGAACUCAUCUUCCAUUACAAGGUGGUAUCCCCAAAAGACAAUGGAUCGCUCCACCAGUCACCAAACCUCUUCACCUCGAGGCUUCCAGCAAAGCUAAUAGCGAAUUUGAAGUAUCAAGCCAAGGUAUUGAUGUAGAGAAUAUCAGCGUUGCAGCUUCUGCUUAA